AUGUCGAAGAACAAGAUAGCGGCUCGUAUUGAUAGCCAAAAUGUUGAAGUCAAAACUAAGUUUGAUGCUGAAUUCCGUCGCUUCUCCCUGAGUAGGACAGAAAAGUUAAAGUAUGAGGAUUUCAAAGCGUUAAUUGAGAAAUUACACCGGCUGCAUGAUGUGGCGUUCCUGAUAUCAUACACAGACCCCAGAGAUGGGGAUCUCCUGCCCAUCAACAAUGAUGAUAAUUUGGCUCGUGCUUUGCUUACCGCGCGCCCUCUACUCAGGGUUAUCAUUCAGAGAAAAGGUGACAGCUUGGAAGAACUGAACGGAUAUGGAACGAUGCGGCGACGCAACAUAAUCUCAUCCAUAUUGAGCGGCACACCGGCUAAGAACAAAGGACUGGCAAUAUCCAACCCUCACGACUUCAGAAUGGUGUCAGCAAUAAUAGAUGUGGAUAUAGUGCCAGAGACUUGCAGGAGGGUAAAGUUAUUGAAGCACGGCUCAGACAGACCGCUUGGUUUCUUCAUCAGGGAUGGUACAUCAGUUCGUGUGACACCUAAUGGCGUGGAGAGAUCUCCCGGUAUAUUCAUAUCGAGACUGGUACCUGGUGGAUUAGCGGAGUCUACGGGCUUGCUAGGAGUCAACGACGAAGUAUUAGAAGUGAACGGCAUAGACGUAUCCAACAAGACUCUAGACCAGGUGACAGACAUGAUGGUAGCCAACUCUUCGAAUCUGAUUAUCACCGUCCGGCCCGCGAACCAACGCACUCCCGCACCAGACACGGCCUCCAGACAUUCGCAACCCAACAGUGAACCAGAUGAAGACAGAUUCGAUCAAGACGAACAAGAUGAAAUAGUUGAUCUCACAGCUGUCACUCUAGAAGAUCAACCCGAACCCUCUGCUACAUUCCCGCACAGCAUUCCAACAAAAGACGACGGGCAAGUACUACACCUCUAG